UUUGAAGGAAAAAAAAAACAACCAACAUGUCGAACAAAAAAGCCUUACAAGGUCAAACCAUUGAGCUUCAAAACCUUGCCCAGGCUUGCCUGGCAUCGUGGGGUCACAUCUGCAGUGGACACCCCUUUUUUUCCCAAGAGAACGACCAAGAAAGACAGAGGAUUGUCGCGCAGACUCGCGCUCCGCUUGCGCGGUCCGUUCUUUUUUUAAACCCACCAGCCCAAAACUUAUGGCUCACGGACACUCUGAACGGACGAUCUUCGUUUUGAAGGCGGGUUGGGCCAGGGUUCACGACGCGGUUAAUGGACUCAAUACGGCAACCCCACACUAUUUCUGUUGCAGAGUCCCAAACCUUACUGUAGUUCGCAGCAUUGGCCCCAGUCAAGCCAGUUUUCUGCGGAGUCAGGUUCUCUUGAGAACUUGAAUGCCACUCUGUUUAAAACUCGAUCAAAGUGCCCCUGGCGCCCGCUCGCCUCCCCCCAAAAAAGGGUCCAAGGAAAGUGGACUGAGAGUGUUUGGUCCCGGCAGAUAUUUUCCUUACGUUUUACACCUUUUUUCAUUUUCAUUUAAUGCGUUACGCCCCCAAUUUGACUUUGCUAGAGAGAGAGAAUGGGACUUGUGCGCUCGCUGGUGCGGUCCGUUGACUUCGGAUCCGAGCGCCAUGUCGCACCGCAAAGAAGAUGAUGACCUAGUCUCGCCGGUGUCCCCGGCCUCGGUCGUCUUUCCAAUUGACCAACCGGGUGUACCGAGCCGUGCAAGCAGUAUCGACUUGGUUCGCGAUGGAAGCCGUUCUCGAAUCCAGGAGCCCGUACAGGAGCCCUUUCACUUCCAGAUGCCCAUCCAGGUGCCCAGGCCGUCAGCGGCCGCGCGGAGGAGAAGCUCCCAAAUUUCGCCCAGAACGUCGUUCGAUAACAGUCAACAACAACGACAACAACAACAUUUCAACCAGUACAGAUCCCGGGCGGACAGUACUGCACAAGCACAGCACUCCGAGAGUCGUGCACCACCCAACCUGAAUACUUACCAAUUUCAGCAGCAGAACCAGACCCAGCAUCAGUAUGAACAGUCUUCCAUAUAUGGAGACUACAAGCCAACCGCUCGGGUAGCUCGAUCCGACUCAACCGCCAGCACCAUCUGCCCGACUGAGCCUCCCAGCAAAUGGGCUUACAUGACCCAGGACGGUUGGUUCUUUGAGACCGCCUCGCUAGUGUUUAGCCUCUUGUGUGUCGUCGGCAUCUUGGUUAUCCUUAUCUUGAUCCAAGGAAAGAGGGUAGACGACUGGCCUGUGAUCCUGACGCCCAACACGUUCGUUUCGCUGCUGUCAACACUUUCCAAGGCAGCUUUGCUCGUGCCCGUCGCCAACAGCAUCGGUCAACUCAAAUGGCUCCAUUUUGAAAAGGGGAGGCCGCGAAGACUUGUGGAUCUUGAGGUCUUCGAUGGGGCCACCCGCGGGCCAGCCGGCGCCAUGUCCUUGCUGUGGCACAGCAGCACACGAAGCUCAGUUGCCGUCGUCGGUUCCGUGAUUACUAUUCUUGCCCUGCUUGCCGACCCUUUCUCGCAGCAGGCAAUCAACAUUACCAGCCAGAAAGGUGAGGCACCGAGUGGUAUUGCUAUGUUUGCCAACGCUACAGUAUACGACUCGGGUGCCAGCGUUAGAGGCCAACAGUCUACUGUCAAUCCCGACGCUUCCAUGUACGGAGCAGUCCUCAGUGGCGUCUUUACUGCGACGCCAGCAAACUUGGGGUUUGUCUGCACUACCUCCAGCUGCAACUGGCCGGGCAGCUACCCGUUCCUCGGCGUACGGUCUAGCUGCAGCAACGUGACUCACCUGACGGUCGAAGACUGCUCUACUCCUGGUAGUGAUGGCCAAUUUCAGUGCAGCUAUGCAACUCCUGGCAACUUCACUAUCCAAACAAAGACCUUCUUGGACCAAGGUACCCUUCGAUCGACAGUGCUCAACUCGGUCAGCGCCACCCAAUUGAGCAGCCGAGACGCCCAACUUGCCCGUUACGCAGUUUGGAAGCGCCAAACCGACCAGAACUCGCCCUGGGAGGUCACCGAGUGCACGCUGUCAUUUGCAGCCUACUACUACGGCAACAUCUCUGUGAUUAAAAACAGGCUGCUCGUGGGCGCCUCGGUCGUUUACCCACUCCGAGGACCCCCGGGACCAGACUUUGACAACGCCAGAGGGAAAGCGCAGGUUAUGUGGCGCUUCAUGCCCAACAUGACCAACUCGCUCGAGGACGACCAGACCAUGGGCUUCGAAGCCGGUGGCAAGGUGUCGCGGGGCCCUGAGGAGUGGCGACAAGGCCUUGCGCCCGUUGAGAUGAUGGUUGGCCUCGGGGACUUUAUGGAGGCCAGGGGGAUCCUCUCCCGCGAGGUUUUCACAGCCAACCUAGAAGAGCCGCAGCCGAUCGACUCCGUUGACAAUGACGCUCGUGGCGUGGCAAGGACUGUGCUCGCCACCGACGACACGUCAAUGCUGUCCAGGCGACUGGCGCGCAGCAUGACCGAACGACUUCGUCGCGGUGGAAACGGCAACUCCUCGCCAACAGCACAAUCUCCCCUCGUUCGCGGUAUCGCGAUGGAGAUUGCGGCCUUUUACACCGUGUCCUGGGGAUUUUUCGUGUACCUGCCGUCACUGAUCGUUGUCGCCACGAUCCUGCUCCUCAUCACGGUCUACCAAGUCUCGCGGCACGAAGCGCGGGAGAGCAAGUCGGCCGGCCUGGAUGCUUCGGCAAACAUGCCCAGGUACAAAAACAGUUCCGUCGCACUGCUGCUGAACAAUCUUCAGGGAUACGAGGGAAGCAGCCGGGUCGAGGCAGCCAAAAGCACCCGGGCGGGAAUGAAGACGUUAGCGGAGAAGGAAUUCGUGUUGAAGUGGAGGGACGGUUUUGUCCGCGCGGGUGUGCCCGAAACAUAAAGUGGUUAUAGUUCAGACUGGUAUGAUGAAAUAUUGAGGCUGUUGAUAGUCGAGUGCAAGUUUGGAUACGUAAUCUAUCAGGGUUGGACAUGUUAGUUAUAAAGUGACUGCCCUGGGUACUUACCUAGUUACACCGUAUCCGGUUAGAUAACAUGUAAUCUCUUGUGUUGUGCUGCGGACAUGGCAAGUCUUCCUGCACACACUAGUGAAGUCAAG